CUGUCGUUACCCUCGCCGAUUCGCUUGGAAGCAGAGAUGGAGGAGAGUAAACCUGUAGAAUAUAAACACAUCAGAAAACUUCGCAAAAAAUUGCGGCAAAUUGAAUACCUUGAACUCUUGAACCGGGACCUAAAUGAAGAGGAGAUUAUCAAGGUAAACAGCAAAGAUAACGUUCGUGCAGAACUUCAGAGGCUGUUAAAGGAAUAUUUUCCGGAUGAAGUUGAUAUAAUGAAAAGGACAGGAGGUGAGUUCAGCAAUGAGCCUCAAGAGAAAAAAAGUCGAAAUGGGGAAGAGGAAGUGGAGUUCUGUGAUUUCUCCACCACUUCUGUGGAAACUGUCAAAGAAGAGAAUCAAGGAAAACCUGCAGUCACUUCACAGACCCAAGUGGCAGAAGCUGUUAAUGCAAUUAAGCCACAGAAGACAUCUAGGCCGACUCAAGCCGUUGCAGAAGGGGAGAUAACUUCAAAACAGGAUAUUCCCCAAGAGAAGGUGCCUCAGCCAGCAAAGGGAAAGCCAGCAGAGCCAACAAAACCAAAGAAAGAACCAUGUAUAUGGAGAGAUACCAAUUAUAAAGUGUAUACUUUGAAAGGUCAUAAUGACAUCAUUUUAGAUGUGGACUGUUCUGAUGGAUAUGUUCUCUCAGCAAGUCGGGAUACAACAGUGAGGGUUUGGCGUGUGGGUGGCAUAGAAGAAGAAAGGAGUCUGCGUGGCCAUAGAGCAUCAGUUACCUCAGUGGCAUUUCUCCCUGGAGAACUUGCAGCUACUGUGUUGGCAAAGCUGGAGUCGGAGUAUGAUGAGAUCCCAUCAGUACAAGGACAACAAUCACCAGAAUGCAGAGUGCUAGCUGUGUCAGGUGGACUUGACUGUACAGUGAAGGUGUGGGAUAUUAUCUCAGGUGAAAGCCAUGGGUCCAUAUACACUUAUAAUGGAAUAACUUGCUUGAGUUGUGGAACAUGGGGCAUUGUGACAGGCACAGAGGGUGGCAAAUUGGAAAUAUGGUGUGUUUCAAGUGGCCAGCGCUUUGCCUUUGUUAAUGCCUUUGAGAGCCAAGUCAUAUCUGUUACUGUCAAAGGAAAUGUGAUAUAUGCAGGAAGUUUUGAUGGUGAAAUUGGAAUAUGGAAGUAUGAUAGCAAGAAAAGAACUCUGGGAACUCAGUACCUAUUGGAACCUGAAUCUCCAACUCAAGUGAGGCUGAAGCAGCUGUCUUGUCUAGCAGCUCAUGGUGACUGUGUGUAUCUUGGAGACAGUGGACCGAAUAUUAAGAAAUUUAACUGGAAGAAGAGCAGUGCAACAAGAUUGAAAAAUCAUGUAGGGGAUGCAGGGAUGACGGACAGCUUAACUAUCACUCCGGAGGGACAUCUUCUUUCUGCCUCCUAUUACGUGGAUGUAGGCUAUCCAUCAGUCAAUGUUCGCAGCAUAGAUAAGGAUGAAUACAUCUGCAGUCUAAUCAGUCAGGGUGAAGGACGAUACCUUACUAUGUGCACUGCUCAAGGGGUGAUUGUAACAGGUGGCCACGAGCUAAAAGUUUGGGUUUCAGGAGCAAGCGGAAAGACUCCCAGGAAGAAUUCAGGAAUUGAGACUGUUCGACCAAGCUUUCUUCGUAAAUUGUCAGGUCCUGCUCAAGACACUUCUGACGAAGAUACUGACUUUGCAUCAACCACUGAUGAUGAUGAUGAUGAUGUACAAGUGAGAGCAGGACCAAAUUCUUCUAUGCUGGGUGAGAGUAAUGAUAACUCAAACUGGUGGUGCACAAUUAUAUAAUGUACUUUCACAGAAAAUAUAAAGUAUAAUUGUACUUGGUUUGCAGACCAGGAAAUUGAUCUUACUUUUGCAGUGUCAUUGACAUCUCCUGUGCUUGGGAAUGUUUAUGACUGAUGUCUAUGGUGAUUGGUCAAAAGGAAUUUACUUCAAAUUGAAAUACAUUUAUUUUAAUUAUGUGGACUAGAUUGACAAAUCAUUUUUUUAUGGAAGAUAACAUAUUUAUGUUUCUGGAUGAUAUGGAAAAUAGGACCUUGUUUUGAUCUGUUGUGAUAGAUGUAGAAAGUGAGUUGUGAUAGGUGUAGAGAGUGUUAAUUGACUCUGCUUAUUUUAACUUGCUGAUCUGCAGCAUGCUGUUUAUAAUGUUUUCAUUGACUGCACUUCUUAUUCAAUACUUCUGUUCCUGCAUUUUUGGUUAUUCUAGGUAUUCAGAAAUUAUAGCUUCAGAGUUUUUUUCCUAACCUCUCUGGCUGUAUUUGGACUCUAUAGAAAACCCAAUCACCCCGUAAUUACACAUAGACGGCUGUACAAGUGCUUAGUCACCUACAUAUCUCACCUGUUUACUCUUUUUCUUGACUUUUGGAAAGGGUCUUUUGCAUUAUUUCAUUGUCUUAAAUGUUAUUGAAGUUUUAAUAACAAUUUAAUGAUCAUAACAUCUAUAACAAUAAUAACAGUAUCGAUGUCAACUGUAAUAAUAAAAAACAUAUUUCCCGCCAAUUCAAGGAAUGGGGAAAUCAGGAUCGGUCAAUAGGACUACUGAUCGACUCCUUGCUGGCUGAGUACAUGUUGAGGCAUUUGUAUGUAACAUUCACAAAAAAACUAGAGGGGACAGAACAUAAAUAUGGGGUGGAUGGGUUAAGAGUAGGAAAAAAUAUGCACGACCCUAGGAAAUACGGGAUGUUAUUUUGAACUAUUAUUUUAUAACUUCUGUCGGGAGUACUAAAAUACAAGUUCUUGAUAUACUUUAUAUUAAUGUAGGUAUAGGAUUUAUUGUAUGUGAUAUAUUACAUGUAUUCAUAUAUACAGGUUAAUAGAAAUGUAAUAUAUUUGAUAAAAAAUGAUAUUUGAGUUAUGAAAGAAAGGAAUUAAUAUGCAAAGAAUUGUGUAUGUGAUUGAUAUAUUAUAUGUGCCUUAACAAAUACCAAGUGAUAUUUUUUUGUAGAUUAUCUAGCAAAUUUCAUAAUUGAAGGACUAAAGCAUUAAGAAGACUUAGGUAAUUAAAAUAUGAUCUUCCUAUAAAUUCCUGAAACAAAAGCAACUUAUUAUAGUAAGAGUAUGGUGCUCAGUGAAGGACUUUUUUAUAUAAUAAUUACCUGUCAUUGUUGCUCUUGACUUAAAGAAAUCAUUUGUUAAGUGGUUUAUAGUAUACUAUAUAGAGUUACAUGAGUUCAAUAAAAAUAUUUUAGGUGUGGACAAAAUAAUUUAUGGAUAAUAAGUAACUAUUUUUCUGAGAUAUGAACUGUAAUUUAGAAUAUUGAUAAAUAGCAAUAUAUUUGUUAUGUUUGAAUAAAAUAUAAGAUAUUC